CAAUUUGAAAUUGUAACAACCCUGAAAGUUCAGUGGAAAUUCGUAAUAAUCCCAAAUAAUUACUGGAAUGGAUUUAUUUGUUUAAGAUAAAUUAGAUAAUAAUUGAACCAAACGCAACGCCGAAGCCGGCAACUUCCAUUUCGUCCGUGGUCUCCUCCACUCUUCUUUGCGAACUCAACAAUUGGUGUGGAGUCUUGGCAAAGUUAAUGGAGGAUAAAAAUCUCAUGAACAAGAAGAACAAUAAUAAGAAGAAGACGAAGAAGAAGAAGAAGCUGAAGCUGAAGAAGAAAAGCGAGAAGAUUUCGGAUUGUGGGUUCAUUUUCAUGUGUAAUGGAAGAACCAAACCCGAAUGCUACAGGUUCCGUGUAUUUGGCUUACCUAGGGCAAAAUUAGAUGUUGUUAAGGAAAUUAAACCCGGUGCCAAACUGUUUUUGUUUGACUUUGAUUUGAAGCUUCUUUAUGGUGUCUACAAGGCCACUUCUGUUGGAACCUUGGACUUGGAACCUGCUGCUUUUAAUGGCAGAUUUCCUGCACAGGUAAGAUUUAAGAUCUACAAAGAAUGUUUACCUCUUCCGGAGAGUGCGUUUAAAGUUGCAAUUAGAGACAACUACCAGGGUUCCAAGUUUAGGCAAGAGCUUAGUGGCACGCAGGUGAAAGGCCUGAUUUCAUUGUUCCGCCCGCUCACUUCGACAGCACCUACUGCUGAUAGGCUGCAUUACUCAACUGUUGCAAUACCCCGGUCUUUCCCGUCUCCGGUUAUGGAAAAAGGGUUCCAGCAACCGUCAAGACUACACCAUACUCCUGCAUUCCAACUCCCUGAUACUCGAUCAAAACAGAUAGUUGCACCUGCCCUGUACAAUCUAUAUGGACCAGUGGCAAGCAUUCAACCUCAAAUAGGGCAUCAAAAUGUUGUUCAGCAGACUUCUCUUCCACAUAAUGCUGAUUCAUCAACAAGCAUUCAUCCUACAAUAGAGCAUCAGAAUUUUGUUCAGCAGAUGGGUUUUUCUCAUAAUUUCGUUCAGCACAAUCAAUAUGAACCAACGGCUGUGAUUCAACCUCCAAUGGAGCAUAGGAAUGUUGUUCGGCGUGAUGAAUAUGGACCAAUGGCAAGCAUUCAACCGCAAAUAGAGCAAAGGCAUGCUGUUCAGCAGGCUUUUCUUCCACAUAAUGCUGAUUCAUCGACCAGCAUUCAUCCUACGAUAGAGCAUCAGAAUUUGGUGCGGCAGACUACUUUUUCUCAUAAUUUUGUUCAGCACCCAUAUGGACCAAUGGCUACAAUUCAACCUCCAAGGGAGCAUCAGAAUGUUGUUCAGCAUGAUCAAUAUGGACCAGUAGCAAGCGUUCAUCCUCCGACAGAGCAGAGGCAUGUUGUUCAGCAGGCCGUUCUUCCUCAUAACAUUGAUUCACAUUAUGUAGCAGAUACACAUAACCCGUACUUGUAUGGAAAUCCUUCCCCGUCUUUGCAAGAUCCAUAUGAAAGGUAUAGGUUUGAACGUGAGAUGGUUACAAGGGAUGCCAUUGUUCAAAAUGCAAGUCAAUAUGCAGUUCCUUCUGCUGAUUAUGUGCCCGAGAAUAAUGCGCAAUAUUUUCCAGCUACAGCCUCACAUGUUACUUUAUCAUCACAAGCGUUGCCACCAUCCCAUGUGCCUCCUCUCCCUACCAAUCACCAAGGGGAGCUUCCGGUGCCUCACGAACCUUAUUACCCCGUACCAAUGCACGUAAAUCUGAGCCAGGCAUAUGGCAAUCCUCUUCAAAGGUCACUGCCUGGAAGUUCUGAGUCAAAUGUGCCAAUCAGUUCUCAUUGUUCUUUCUCUGGAGCUGCUCCAACUGACCACUGAAAAGAAAGUCAGAAUAUCUAACUGAGUUGUGGUCUUGUUGUAUAGGAUUCAAUAGUCUCGACGUUGCUUACGAAAACCAACGUGUUAAAAGAGGAAAGAGAAGGGGCGAGGAAUGCUGGUAGAGCCAGAGAGAAGAUACAGCAUUGUAUUGUUUUUCAUAGAAUGGUAGUAGACAAGCAGCAACAAGUCUUUCGGUGUUUAGAUUGCAUUUAAAGACUCUACAUUACAAUGCCUUUGGAUUUUGGAUCCUUAACUCCUCUAUCAUCACUCUUCACCCGCACUUAGCUUAGCUUCAGCAGCAUGCAUGUAAAGGUGUUUUUUGUUUUUUGUUUUUCCCUUUGCAGUUUAGUCUUUGAAUCUACAAAAUAGUAGCAAUUAUGUCUCCAACAGUUAAUGGAGUUAACUUUUGAACGGCUAUAGUUUUUUAAUACUUGUAUCCUUGAUAUUGUCUCGUAGUUUUACAGUUUCAUCCUUGAAAAUAAAAAAAAGCGAUAUACGUUUUGACAAA